AUGCCUUCUCAAGGCCUCUUACUCGCUUCUUUAGCCUUGGCAUUAGCCCCCGCGUUGGCGGUAUCAUCAGGGACUACUACAAGCUGUGCGAAUACUGCGGUGAAUGUUAUGACCAAUGGUGGAUUUGAGCUUGGUUCAACUAGUACGUGGGAGGCCAUCGCAUUCGGAUCAGGCAGUGGUGUCGUGGAGGAUGCGACCUUCGCAGCCGAAGGCUCAUACUACCUUAAGAUAGUAGCCGAAGACGGGGAUGGGUACACUGCAUACGGGAUCGAGAAUUUCAUCUACGAUGUGACGAAAGGCGACCAGUAUACUAUUUCAUUCGACUACAAGUUCACCCUAAAUGAUGGCGAAUCUUGUACAUUGAAUGCCGAUUAUAUCUCAAAUGGCGAGAUUUCUUAUCUCUUGAGACUUGAUUCAAUUACCAGCGAUGUUGGUGAAUGGACUACAGUAUCGCAAACCAUUACUCUACCAGGUACCUAUUUGAUUCUUCAAAUUUCUGGAGCCUGCGAUAGUGGCUAUCCAGACUUUUACCUUGACGCCGUUUCUGUGACAUAUGAGGAAGAUCUUUGCACGACAUCGACUGUCGCAGUGCCUAUUUCAACUCCAGCUGUGGUCAGCUCAAGCUCAUCCGUUGCUAUACACACAUCGACCCCUGCUGUGUUCAGCUCAAGCUCAUCUGCUGCUGUACACACGUCGACUCCUGCUGUGAUCAGCUCAAGCUCAUCUGCCGCUGUGCACGUAUCAACUCCUGCUGUGGUUAGUUCGAGCUCAUCUGCCUCCGUGCACGCGUCCACUCCUCUCGCUCUCAGCUUGAGCUCAUCUGCCGCUGUACACACGUCGACUCCUGCUAUGAUCAGUUCAAGCUCAUCUGCUGCCGUGCACGUAUCGACUCCUGCUGUGGUCAUCUCAAGCUCAUCUGCCGCUGUACGCACGUCAACCCCUCUUGUGGUCAGCUCAAGCUCAUCUGCCGCCGUACACACAUCGACUCCUCUCAUUGCCAGCUCGAGCUCAUCUGCUGCUGUAAUUGCCCCGACUACAUCGGCCUCGCAACGCACGACUUAUCUGACUACCGAAACCGUCGUUGUCUCCACCACAAUCUGCCCUGUUACCGCUGGCGAGUCUGCCGCUACUGCUACUGCCCAGAUUGGAACUGGCCCUGACUCUGGUGACCAAAUCACUACAGAGACAAUUUUCACUACUCGCGUUUCUACUGUUCUCGAGUGCCCAUCAACUGUCACUGAUUGCCCGUUGACUCAGAAGACAGCUCACACUACUACCGAAACUCUCGUCGCUGGAACCACGGUCUAUCCUGUCACCAUUACCGGACACCCAAUCAUAUUUGCAAGUGCAACCCCAGCUGGGGCUAGUCAGACUGGCUCCCUCACUACGGAGACAAUCUAUGCCACUAGCGUGUCAACCAUCUAUGAGUGCCCUUCCUCAGUCACUGACUGCCCACUGAGAUCCAAGACUGCCCAUGCUACCACUACGACCGUAGCCAUUGGAACUACGGUGUACCCAGCUGGGGCCAAUGCUGCCAGCGCUGAGAGUACCGUUACUAGCCAGGCUGGCUCCCUCACCACGGAGACAAUUUACGCCACAAGCGUGUCAACCAUCUAUGAGUGCCCAUCCUCAGUUACUGACUGCCCACUGAGAUCCAAGACAGCCCAUGCUACCACUACGACUUUAGCCAUUGGCACUACGGUGUAUCCGGUUGGGGGAUCUGUUAUUGCCAGCUCUACUGCCCAGGAAUAUUCUGGCUCAGUCCCAACCUCAAGUGCUGCCCACGGCUCUUCCAUUGGAGAUUCGGAAUCUUCUUCCAGCAGCUCUAUCCCCGCGUCCGGGUCGACUUUGACAAAUUCCGGAGCUAAAUCCGAUUCUGCCACGAAUGGUCAAGACACAAUCCAAUCGGGCUUGACCUCUGUGUCAGGCUCUAGCUCGACCUCCAGCUCAUCUUCUGGCUCUGGUUCAGACUCUGGUUCAGGAAAAAUUUCUCUCUCGGGUACAGCUUCUGAAGGAUCUAUCGAUACAGGUGUUGAAACCGUCAAAUCGGGCACCUCUGUUGAAAUUGUAUCCACUUCUAUCACCACUAAAGCUAUCGGCUUCAACACAAUGUCUUCUGCUUCAUCCAUGUCACCGGCUCCUUCUGCUCUAUUCAAAACGAGCCCCAAGAUCGCUACCAUCGCCAGUGCUACUUACGCCUCUGUUUCCUCGUCAGUCGUCGGUAGUAGCUUUACCCCAGCAUCUUCGACUCUGAGCUCCAGCGGUGCUAUUUAUACUGGUGCCUCGGUCUCCCAGAUGAGCAUUCUGUCUGGAGGUCUAAGCCUUAUGUGUGGACUUGUCGCAGUCUUGCAAUUUGCUCUCUGA